GAUUUGAAGUGGUUGGUAAUUAUUAAUGUGUUUUAACACGAUCCUAAUCGUUGCCAACACGUAUGCUGGUGGUAGUUAUGCUUGUAAGUCAUAAGCUGCUGGUGUAGUAUCGGCUUUGUAAAUAAUGGAGUUUCUUUACAGAAUACCAUUCAGUGUGUUGGAAGUACCAAAUUUAAAAAUAAAGAGACCAUCAUGGUUUCAUCAACCGUCUGCUAUGGUUAUGUUUUCUCUCGUGUUGCUUUCAUAUUUCUUGGUAACUGGAGGAAUUAUCUAUGAUGUAAUUGUGGAGCCACCGAGUGUUGGUUCAACCACAGAUGAGCAUGGCCAUUCAAGACCAGUGGCAUUUAUGCCAUAUCGAGUGAAUGGGCAGUAUAUUAUGGAAGGUUUGGCAUCAAGCUUCUUGUUCACGAUGGGUGGGCUUGGCUUCGUAGUCUUAGACCAUACCCACAGUCCAUCAACACCAAAGCUUAAUCGUAUAUUACUCAUAUCUGUGGGAUUUUUGUGCAUCCUUGUCUCAUUCUUCACCUGUUGGAUAUUUAUGCGGAUGAAGUUGCCUGGGUAUCUCCAGUCAUAAGGAACAAGCAGAGCAUUUAUGUGAAUGAAUGAAUCAUAUCUAUAGGAGUGUGGUUGACUUUUCCAUUUUCUACAGCAUAUUGUCAGCAUUGCAUGAAUGACUUGUGAAAAGGGUAAACUAGGAAUUUUCAAAUAAAUGAAAAAGAUGGA